AUGAUUGCACUCACUAGACAAGGCUAAAUAUAUAUCUGGGGAGAGUUUAGUGUACCUACUCCUUCAGAGGAUGGGAAUCAACCGAAGCUAUCUGACUCUAAUUCUAAAAGAUAGUUAUUUUUAUAUAGCCCGCAACAUAUUUCCUAUGAGGGAACUCUAUAUGCUUGGGGAGAUGAUUCAGAGACUAGAUAUGGAAUAUUAGGGCUGGGAAACUAAUAUAAGGCUUUAAGGCCUUGUCCAAACAGUCAACUCUUUGAUUAUAUGAUAAAAAAUGUAAGUUUGACUGACACUCAUGGAUGUGCUGUUGACUCCACUGGAAGACUUUUUUGUUGGGGUUACGGACCUAAUGGAGAACUUGGAUUGGAGAACUAACUUCAAUAAGUUUCUGUUCCAACCAUUGUUACAAAACAAAAGCAGAUAACAAUUAAAAAGGCUGUAGCUCACUCUACUUAUACAGUGUUCAUUUCAAGCGCUGGAUAUGUUUAUCUCUUUGGAACCCUUCAUUAAUCAAUUGCUAGAAUGCAGACAAGCUAGAAUAAAAUGGGAUUCUAAUAAAACACAAACUUGAAAAUGUCCUAACUUCAAAGUAUUGAUAAGUCUAUCAAAGAAAACAACCUUUAAAAAUCUUCAAACAGAGCUACCAAUUGUAACAUUUUAAAUGCUUAAUAAAUUUUAGCGAUGAUUUAGAUCAUGAGUUUAAGUGAGAAUUUUAUCUCUGAUUUAGUCUGUGGGGAUUCUUUUAUUAUUUGCCUUACACAAGGAGGGGAUUUGUUCUUCGUGGAUGACGCAUUAGAGUCAGUUUAAAUUAGUAUUUAGCCUAUUGAGAAUGUGGCUAUUAGUGGAAGCAAAAUUGUUGGAAUAUCUCAGGAUUAGAAGAUAUAUGAAUGGAGUACUGCUGGACUUAAUAAGUUAUCUUUUAAUAAGGAAAAUAAGAUGCUACUUAGAUAAGAUUUUUAAAUUAAGGAGUACUCAAUUAAAGGUGAUUUCCAAAAGGAGGCUAGACUAUUUAAUUUUCCACUUUCAAGAUAAACAAUCGGCCUAUUAUUCCAAGAUGAGUAAUUCUCAAUUAGAUCGAUUAAAUAAGAGUAAUCCAUAAUUGAUCCUGAUGGAGAUUCGAAACUUGAUAAUUAGAUUGUUAUCGCAGAUUUAAUUCCUAAUUCAAUAAAGCAAUCACAUUUCAAUCCUCUUUGCAAUGAAAGCUCGGUCGACCAAUCAAAAGAUUAUGGUGAUGAAAAUUAGCCAUCAGCUGAUAAGAAUAAAUACACUUAGAAUUAAUUGUUGACAGUAUCAGAUGAUUCUUUUUAAAAUCCAGAUAUCACUCCUGAAAUAUCAAUAGCUGUUAAUGAAUUCACAAAUAAGCAUGAUAAUCAGCCAUCAUUUAGAGUAACAGAAGAAACUCAAAAUGAAGAAUUAAUUCCACCAAGUCAAUUUAUGAACGAAAGGGAUCUUUAGAAUAUUUUCAAUUAUUAAUAGGAUAAGUCGAGUGUUUAGCAAUAACUGAUGGCAACAAACAAUGAGAACAAUCCCUAGAAUAUUUAGAGCAGAAAGUCAAAAGGAGCAGUCAAUAAUUUAUUUAUGGCAGUUAAUCAGAACUAGUUCUUUUUAGAUUAGUCGAAUAACUUUGAACCAGCUCUAGGUUAGAAUUUUCCAUACAGACCUUCAUCAAUCAAAGGAAUAAAACAAUCCAACGAUAAAUCAUUAUUCUCAUUACACAACAACUCAAGCCCAUCUUUAAAGCAAUGCGCUGAUUAAAUGAAUCCUUUGGAAAGAAACUCAAAGAUAGAGCUUUCAUAUCCCUCAUUUUUAAAUAAUAGCAAUGACAACUAAUUUAAAGAAAAUGUUGGUACAGCUAAUCCAAAUAUAGAAGCUUUUCCAAUGUCUCCAGCGGAGGAUUCCUCUCAUAAAAUACCAGUUAUUAAUCUUUAAGAGAGACUUUAAUAGGUUUAUCUUGAGGAUUAGCAAAAUCGAGAUCAACAGGAAGAACCAGAGGAAUAAAGACUUGAAUUUUAAAUUAAAUUUUAACCUUGUGAAUCUAUGAACCUUUCCUAAUCUUAAAAUAGUUCAAGAGAAGCAAGUAUAAUUAAAACCACAAGGAAAAUAGAUGAUAAAAUUGAGUAAUCAAUGGAGAUUACUAUUGAUAAUAUAAGGAUACAAGCAAAGAGAACUACUACACCUAAGAGGAUUUUGAAUAAUUACAGCUAAUAUAAGAGGCUUAUAGCUAAUCAAAACUCACAAAAUAACUAAGACUCUAAUUUAACUUCAAAUAAGUCAAGAAAUUCAAAUUCAAUGACUAGUGAAUUAUCAAGUGGGUUCAAUUUAACUUAAAAUUCACUUCAAAGAACAAAUAGAGAAUCUAAGAUAUAGGCCAAUUAAAAUCCUUAAGAGUAAGCUUAGGUUGUAAAUCAAAAGAAAAAUUUGAAAAAAUUGAGUAACUCUUGCGGAUCCUAUAAGGGUAAUAACAAAAAAAGAAGUUUCAUUUAAGCUGUCUUAUAAAAUCAAGUCUAAAACUAAAAUUUUAAGAUAGAUAAUGUAUAGACUAGUGUUACUCAAAUAUACGAAGCUUGUCCUUUAAAGGAAGAAUCAAGAAUCAUUGAUAAACAGUUUAAAUAAGAAAGAGAGGAGACUAAUAAUGAAGAAGAAAAUGAAGAGCAGGAAAACAUGGAUAUGACUGAGCUAAAUUCAAUUAGUGAACAGCAAUAAGAUCAUAGCUAAAAAUAGUUUGAGCCUAACGAAAGCUAGGGCAUUUAUUAUAUCUAUGGUGAUUAGUCGAGCUAAAAUAUAAGAAAUUAUCAAUUACAAAAUCCAAAUGAGCACUUUAAAAGAUUUUCCUAAAUGAUGCCCAAGGACGGAUUCUUUUAAAGAGAAUCACUGGGACCCAUCACUCAAUAAACUGAUGAGAACUUCGAGGUGGAAUAUACUAUCAGCAACAGCUGUACUCCUGACUCUAAGUAAUCAGAAUCUAAUAUAAAAAGAAGAAUAAACUUUGAUGAUGCUGGAGAUUACAGUGGAGCUAUUAUUAGAGUUUCUGAUACUACAAGUAAUAAUAGAUUGAUUACGUCUUUCACUUUAAAUCUUAAUAAUACUAUCAAUAAUAACCGUAAUAGACAAUUUGAUAAUCAAGAUAGAGGAUAAAUUAAACAUUAAAGAGUCAAUAACCAACUCAAUCAACAAUAAUUGCACAAUUAAGGAGACUAAUCACAAAGCUUUAUCUUUAAUUAGACUUAAAGUCCAAUCACAGCAGGUGUCCAACCAUUUACUGAUGAAAACAUGGUUAGCAAUAUUAAAUCAGUGUCAACUCCAAGUAAUCAUGGAAAUACAACUCAUAUUAUGAUGUUGACAGAAGAAAAAUUCAAAAAUUUAAGAACUGAGAUCUCUUAAUAGUAAGAUCCUCAAAAUAAUAAUUUUAUUGUAACAUAAAAUCCCUUGUUAACUUCACCCAAUAUGAAUGAUUAUGGAAACUAUACUAAAGGAGAGUCUAUGAAAUCCUUAUUUAUAGGUUAGAACUCUAAUAUUCAAAAUCUGUCAAGUUUUAUUCAGCAUUCGAGGUAUUUUUAGGUUUAUGAGAAUUUUAGAAGAGGAUUCCUAAUUCUAAAUAAACUUAAACACUUUAGAACCUCCUAAUCUCUUAGAUAAGUAAGAAAGUAUACAUAAAAUAAAAAAUAGAAGGUAGAAUUCCUUCAAAAUUUCGCUAAGUAUUUUACGAACAUUCUCAGACAUCACAUUAACUAACAAAAGCAUUUUGGGUUUAAGAGAAUAAAGAAAUUUUUCAAGGAAAGAUAACUUUAAGUUUACAUUCAAAAAAAAUAGAAUGAAUUUGCUAUAAAGACAUCAGCCUUGGUCAAAAUUGAUUAAAUCAUUAUCAAUCAUUAAACUAUUAAUCAGCAGUAGAGUCUUAAAAAUCUGAUUGAAUUUUCUAAUUAAAUAAAGAAAGCAAAGCAAGAGAGACAAAGAAAGAGUUUAAGUGCCCUUUUUAUGAUAGUCUAAAGAAAAUCUAAAUAAAUUCAAGAAAAGUCUUUAAGAUCGAUUCAGAAUUGGAUAAAUGAGAAAAGAAUAUUGGAGAUGAACUUCAGAAUGCUUUCAAGGAUAGUUAGCAAAAUAGUUUAAAAAUAGAAGAAGAUGUAUUUCUAAAGAAUAAAAGAGACAUUGAUUGUUAGAUAGAGAUAAAAACAGUUAAUAGAGUUAAUUUUCUUUAGACAGCAAAAAAAGGCUUUUAUCAAUUUCAAAAGCAAUAUUAUAAAAUCCAUAUAGCUUGAGUAAACUCUGAUAGGACUAGUUUAAGUUAUAGAAAAUGCAACAUUUAAUAGAAGAUUUAGCAAAUGCUUUUAAGCAUGGAAAGAAAGAGUUGCAUUCCAUAAAAAAUUGAUCAUAGCAUUUGAGAUGCUAAAUGAUAUAAAUGAACAUCAGACUAAGCUGAAGUAUUUUAAUAACUUUAAAUUCAGCAUUUAAUAAAUCUAUCAAAGACAAUAAUACCAUAAUACUCUUAAAGCAUCUUUACUUCUCUUAUUCAGGAAAAUAGAUGACUUAAAAAAGAACUAAACAAGAUAUGCCUUUAAAGUUUUAUUAGAUUAAACUUUCGAAUAAUCUGAUGAUACUAUGAUGAUCCAUAAAUCAAAUACCUUAACGAAUCUUUCAUUUAAUUUGCAACCAGCAGUAGAGAUGUCUUUGAUAUUAAAUCAUAGAAAGAAAAGCAAUAAUAAUCUAAACAGAACUGACUUUAAAGGACUUCUCUAAGAUCCAAAUGUAUCUAACAUUCACUAUUAGACUCAUUAAUAACCUCCAAAGAGCCAAGGAAGAAAACUUAAUAAGCCGAAAGAAAAUAAGAUUCAGAAAUAAAACUAGAACACAGGAGAUAAAAAUAAGAGACCUACUUUGAAUGAUUACUUAAGCUUCACCCCAAAUUCAGCUUCAAAUUAGAAAUAAAAUUAAAGCAAAUUCUUUAAUAGGAGAAAAACUGAGGCUGGAUGUUCAAGUGCAAAAAAUUAAGAUAAAAGUGGAAUCAGUCUUUAGAAGAAUGGAAAACUUUAUUUAGAUUGCCCAUUACCAAUCAAAGAUUAUUAAGAUAAAGUAAAUAGAAGGAACAAUUCAAAUUAACAAAGUUUCGAAAAUAUGAAUCAGCUCAAUGUAUCUAUCAAAGAUAUGAAUAAAGCAUUCAGAGAUUAGAUUAAUAAACUCAAGGAGAGGUAAGAAGAUAAUGAGAAUAGCUAUAUUUCAUCAUUCUAAAAUAUAACUUGCUAAGAUUAGAGCUUUGAUUUAAAAUUGAAUCAAUUGCAACUCUAACUUUCAUAAACUCCAGAUUAAUUCAACAAUUAAAGUGGAGAAAAGUACAAGAAAAAAUUAGAUUUUGAUAAGCAUAGUAAGAAUAUUAGUCCAAAAAUUAAUCCACUCUGUGUAAGUGAAUCCUAUCAAUUGCACAAAGGUGGAAUCACAUAGACUUAAAACUAAAGUAUCUAAAAUUAUCAUGAGGAAAUGCAAUAAUAGUUUAUAAACUAUCCUAAUUAAUAGCAAUAAUGGCAAUAAAUUCAAACUCAACAGUAGAGAUAAGUCACUCAAAACUAUUACAAAGAUUACAGUUCAAUAAAGGAAGUUUAAUUGGGAGAAUAAAUUGAUCAAUAUGCUACCUACGACCAUAAUUCAGCUCCCUAAACUUCAACAUUUGGGGCUUUGAGGAUUAAAAAUGAUGAAAAUAUUAAUGAACCGGAAGAUGAUAGACUAAAAGAUGUAAAUAAAAGUCAAGUUGCUAUUGCUUAAAGAGAGGAUUAUUCCUAAUUAGAGAGACAAAAAUCUGAUUUAAGCCAAAAUCUGCCCUAUGGCUCAAAUAUCAGUAGAAAGAAGAGCGAUUAAAGGUAUCAAAUUAGUUCAAUCUUGGAAUAGGAAUAUUCCUUAGAAGUUCAACAGAGGCAUGAUAUGUUUGAUGAAUAUGAGCAAGAGGAAAAAGAAAUUCAUCUCGGCAGAAUUCAGAGUGCAAAUAAUAUUGAAACAGAUAAUACUAAAAAUAGCAUUAUAGAGAUGUCUAAGAAUGUAAACUAAUCAAAUUUUUCCCAAACUUAGGAUAUUUCUCAGGAUUUCAUUCAAAUGAGAAACAAUUUCUAAAUGAGAACUCAUGAUAUGAGAGGAACAGAGAUUCCUAUUUAAAAUGCCUAUGAAGUAUUCAAAGAAAAUCUGAGCUAAAAUCGUCAUCAUGGAAGCAAAAAAGUGUUCCAUAUUUCACCUAAAUUUAACGAUGAAUCUUUUGUGCCAAGUCAGCUUAAUAGAGAUUUAUUCAAUGAGAUGGCAUAAAAUUACUAAAUGCUUGAGCUCACUCCUGAGGCUGAUUAUUAAAUGUUGUUGAACAAUAAAUCAAUUUUUAAUAGAGAAGAAAGCAUCUACUCAAAUAAUUAAUAUGCUGAGCCAAUAGAAAUGGCUUUAAGUCCUAGAGUAAUUCACGAUGUUUCUAUUAUCAAUCAUUAGAAUAUCACAACAAAUGCAAGUCAACUCAAUUACUAUGGCAUGGAAACUUAGCAAGAUAAACUCCCCGAGGAUAAUGAUAAUGACUAUGAUGAGGAAGAUGAAUUAGAAGAAAAUUAAAUAGUGAUUGAAAAUGGAAGAGAGAGCAGACCAUAUGACUUUUAGUUAUCCUCUCAUAGCAAGUAUAAAAUUAUUUCAGAGAAUUUAUAAGCUAAAAAUGUCUUGAUCUCAGAAUCUGCUUAGCCUAGUAUAAUUAUAUCUAACAAUAAUACUAUCUGCAAAAAGCUAAGCUUUGGGUAUGAUCUAGCUAAGAAAACAAAUAAGCUCCCAACUAAUUAGCAAAGAAGCACAUUUAUGGUGAGUGGAGGAGAGCAAACAAUCAAUUUUAAUUUAACCUAAGAAGAAGAAGAUGAGCAUUUAGAUGAUAGCGGCGAUAAUUUGCAUCAAAAUUCUGACGAAGAACUUGAGGUUGGAGAAGAAAAACCAGCAGAAUUCACAAACCAUAUAAAUAUGGCAUUACCAGAUUCUAGGAUUCUUUAGCAAGAGUUAUAAGAGGAAAAAUUCAACAUGACCUUAUCUUAAUAGGAAUUAUUGUAGAUAACUCACAAUAGACUUUAAAAAAUGCAGCAGCAUUAGUUUGCAAUGACUUAAAGAGAUAAUACUUCCCAUCCAUCGAAACCUUAAUAUACUGCAUAAGAUAUUAUUUCAGCUAAUGUUCUCAAGCUCAGAAAUAUUGUUAAGGUUUCCCCAAGGUACAAUCAUAUCGAAACCUCUUCAAGUGAUGAUUUCUAGUCUAAAAUUAUUUCAGGACACCAAUCAACUAGGAAUCAAAAGGUCCAAGGUUUCUUUAAUUAAAAAUCUAAUCCAGCUACUUAGUCCUAUGAAAUGCAGAUGUAUUAGACACAAGCAACUAGAUAAUCAACUAAUAAUUUCUCAGCGACCCAGGAGCCUUUUAUAUUCAAGUCGUUUGUGUAAGGCAAUAAUUCUAUCUUAGCAUAAAACAAAAAUAUCACAAACAGUCAAGUUCUUUUGAACAAUAAGCAAAAAUAGACAAAAGGGCAGUAGUAUCUAGGAGAGAGUGCAAGAAACCCUUCAAAAGAUGGAGGCUGUAAUAGCAAUAAUAGCAGUGGAUUUGCUAAAAUGUAAGAAAGAAAGUAGAGUGUUCCAACCACAAUGAAGCAACUACCUCAUCAGUAAUCUUAAACAUCAUUGGCUGAGAAAUCUAAUGGAAAUAUCAGAAAAAGUGGAAGCAACGGAGGAUACUAGCCACUUACAUUUAGAGCUCCAAUUGCAACUCAAAAUAAUAAUCUGAAUCUUAAUUAAUAUAAUUCUUUCGGCUCUACUGCAAAUACUAUGGGAAUGAAAAAUAAUUCUGGAAGUAAUAUGUUUGAGAGAAGGGUAUCUCAAUAAGAACCACCAUCUACUACAUCAAACAAGCAAAUAUCUGGAUUUGGAACUUAAAGUCAGAGAGCAUCUUAAAAUAGCUUGACUGGUAGAAGCAGAAAUGGAAAUGAGCAACUAUAAACCUUUCUCUCAAUGGGUAACAGAGUGAUGUCUAGUGUAACUUCAUCAUUAAAAUCAUCUCAAAACUCAUCUAUGCAAAAUGUGAGACAUAUGCACUGA